AUGGCCACGAGCUCCCUGGGCGUGCCGGCCGCGUCGCCGUUCCACUCCACCGCCACCGCCCUCACGAAGCUGGCCCACCGGGAAGGCGAGGUGGCCAUCGUGAGGGCCGCCAAGAAGGCGGGCGUCCCGUACACGCUGCCCACCCUCAGCUCUUCCCCAUUGGACGAGAUGCUGGCCGCGCGGGAGCCCGGCCAGGAGGUCUUCCCGCAGCUGUGCGUGAGCCCGGAGCGCUCCUGGGGCGCAGGAGCGCGUGGAGAAGCUCGAGCAGCAGGGCGUGCGCGCCCGCUUCGCCGCCGCGGACGCGCCCGCAGCCCGGGCGGCGCGAGCAGGACGUGCGCAACAAGUGGACCCAGCAGGGCUCCGACGUGCAGGGGGACGACGAGGACGAGGGCGAGGUGGACCGCUCGCAGGGCGCCACCCGGGCGAUCAGCAGCUUGA